CUAAAAUGGCGAACGAGUGUGAGAAGAAUGUUUACCUUUCCAAGCUGGCCGAGCAGGCUGAGCGUUAUGACGAGAUGGCCUCGUACAUGAAGGCCGUGGCUGAGGAAAAAGGAGAGCUCAGUGUUGAGGAACGCAACUUGUUGUCGGUCGCCUACAAGAAUGCUGUUGGCUCUCGACGUGCCUCCUGGAGGAUCGUCUCAUCUGUUGAGCAGAAGGAGACCUCUAAGGGCAACACGACCAAUGCUGAGAUCGCUAAGGGCUACAGAGAGAAGAUUGAGGCUGAGCUCCAGACAAUCUGCGAUGCUAUUCUUGAUCUUCUUGACAAGUCUCUCAUUCCUCAUUCCCAGACCGGCGAGUCCAAGGUCUUCUACUACAAGAUGAAGGGUGAUUACUAUCGCUACAUCGCUGAAUUCAGCACUGGUGAGAAGAGAGAUAAGGCCGCCAAUAACGCCGACCAGGCUUACAAGGAUGCGACCAACAUCGCUCAGUCUGAGUUGCAAGUUACCCACCCUAUCCGUCUGGGCCUUGCUCUCAACUACUCUGUAUUUUACUAUGAGGUCUUAAACCAGCCCGAAGAGGCUUGCAAGAUGGCUCGCAAGGCAUUCGAGGACGCCAUCGCUGAGCUCGAUAAUGUUAGUGAGGAUAGCUACAAGGAUUCUACCCUCAUCAUGCAGCUGCUCAGAGACAAUCUGACUCUUUGGACAUCCGAUCAAGAUGGUGCUGCUGAGGGUGGUGCCCAGUAAUUCCUCUUAUAGAGGCGCUCUCUCUUUACUGGUGGGAGGGUUGUGAAUCUCGCAUGUUCCUCGUGAUCAGGCGAGUUCUAGUGUACACUUCAAGCUCCUUUUUCUAUCACCAC